AUUGAUGAAGGCUCCAUGACAUAUGUUGCCGAUAUUUUCAUGUCUCAGAGUUGGAAAGACCACAGGCUGUUGUUGCCGGAAAACAUGACCACAAAAUAUCGGCUGCUUCCCAUCAGCUGGUUGAAAAAGAUGUGGAGGCCGGAUUCCUUUUUCAAGAACGCUAAGAAAGUCACUUUUCAAGAAAUGACAAUACCCAAUCACUACAUUUGGUUGUACAGCGACAAUACGAUUCUUUACAUGGUAAAACUAACUCUUCUUCUCUCUUGUGCCAUGAAGUUUGAAUCCUAUCCACAUGACACGCAAACGUGCACAAUGAAAAUAGAAAGUCUGUCUUACACAACAGACGACCUAGUGUUCGAUUGGGAAAAAGACGUGCCUCUUGUAGUGGACGAGUCCAUAGAAUUGCCACAACAUAACCUCGUGGAAACGAAGCUCGGUGACUGCACUCAAGAAUAUUCCACGGGCAACUUCACCUGCAUCGAGGUGUCAUUCCGGCUGAAGCGACGACUGGGCUACUACCUGUUCCACACCUACAUCCCAACCUGCCUCAUUGUCAUCAUGUCGUGGAUAUCCUUCUGGAUCAAGGCGGAGGCUGUUCCCGCCAGAGUCACUCUCUGCGUCACGUCCCUGCUCACCCUGUCCACCCAGCACGCGCAGUCGCAGAAAUCCCUGCCCCCGGUCUCCUACAUCAAGGCCAUAGACAUCUUCAUGUCGUCGUGCACUGUCUUCGUCUUUGCCUCGCUCAUGGAGUACGCCCUGGUCAACAUCCUGAUGGGGGAAGCCGGCGACGGAGGGCACCAGGACCUGUGCACCGUGGAGAAAGUUCUACCGAACGAUGCAGUCGUGGUGACCAAGUUGUUGAGCAGAGAAGACUCGUCUCAGCAGCUCCCGAAUGGCAACAAGUCUCGGCUAUCCUCCAUCACCAUCCGACCGAAUCGUCACCAGCAGUGGGCCCUCUGCAUCGACAAAGUGUCUCGUGUCACAUUUCCACUCCUCUUUCUGAUGCUGAACGCAGCUUAUUGGUCCUUUUACUUGAUUCAUGAAUAAGUAUUCACACGUGAAAUGAUGGACCUGAUUAGAACAGCACGAGUUUCAACGUCAUGCUGAAAAUGGCUGUUUCAGUUUUGUGGGAAAUUAAUAAUGUCUUGGGAUCCUUUGGGUCGUGACCUCACAAC